AUGCUGGGCAAAUGGGAGGAGCUCCUCAGCCAGAACUCAUCUCUGGAGAUCUCUGGACAAAUCUCCUUGAUGACUUUGGACACCCUUAUGAAGUGUGCCUUCAGCUACCAGGGCAACCAACAGGCAGACAGGUACUCCCAGUCCUACCUUCAAGCCAUUCGGGACCUGAACAACCUGGUGCUUUCCCGGAUAAGGAAUGCUUUCUACCAGAAAGACAUCAUCUACAGGCUGACCCCUGAAGGCCGCUGGAACCACCGGGCCUGCCAGCUUGCCCAUCAACACACAGACCAAGUGAUCAAGCUGAGGAAGGCUCGGCUGCAAGAAGAGGGAAACCUGGAGAAGGUCAGGAGCAAGAGGCACUUGGACUUCCUAGACAUCCUCCUCUUUGCCCAAAUGGAGAACAAGAGCAGCUUUUCUGAUAAGGACCUCCGUGCGGAAGUGGACACCUUCAUGUUUGAGGGCCAUGACACCACAGCCAGUGGCAUCUCCUGGAUCCUCUAUGCUUUGGCCACACAUCCAGAGCAUCAGCAGAAAUGCCGGGAGGAGAUCCAGAGCCUCCUGGGGGACGGUGCCUCCAUUACCUGGGGCCACCUGGACCAGAUGCCCUACACCACCAUGUGCAUCAAGGAGGCA